CUACACUCGCCUCGUGUCCCAACCUGCCACGUCAUAGCUCCUGCCAAUUCCCGAAUCCCCGUUCGCUUUUCUUUUUACAUAUAAAUUAGGGUUUGUGUAAUUCUCGCAACCCAUUUCCUUUCCUUGGCUUUAUACUCUAAAAAGGUUUUUCUGUAUCACUUUAAUGGCUGCAUCCUCCCCCCAUUCACUUCUCAUAUCGUCUUCCUUGUUCUAUUUGGAUUCUUUUUGGGUUUUUCGUUUUUUCGAUCGUUGUUUAAUUUCAAACCUAUCUCAUUCUCAGAUUCUUAGUCAACCUUGUAGUUUCUAACAUAUAAAAACCGACGGCCGAGAAGUAGUCACCAACAUGGGAAAACGUAAAACUCAGCGCAAUAAUGCGGCGAUGUUAGAUAGUGACGAUGAUAAUAGUAGUGUAAGUUCAUCGUCGACCAUGCGUUCCGCUGGAAUGUCGGUUUCCGGAACUGAAGAAGUAGAGCUUAAUAAGGAUAGUUUACUUGAUGAAGCUGUGGAUAAUUUAUACGAAAAGAGGGGUUCAACGCGAGAGAAGGCUUUGGCCUCGAUUAUCGAGGCUUUCAACAGCAACUUGCAGCAUGAGUUCGUGGAGAAGAAGUUUGCUACAUUAUUGCACCGGUGCCUGAAUUCCAUCAAAAAGGGGUCCAGCAAAGAGAUAUCUUUAGCUUCCCAUACCAUUGGUUUGCUGGCUUUAACUAUUGGUCCCGGAGACAAAGCACGGGAAAUAUUGGAGGAAUCAAUCACUCCUGUUUCACAGGCUUUUAAGUCUGGUUACGAAUCUUCUAAGAUAGCUUCGUUACUGGAGUGUUUGGCUAUCAUCAGUUUUGUUGGGGGAAUUGAACCAGAGGAAACAGAAAAAUCAAUGCAAAUUAUGUGGCAGUUGGUUCACCCUAAACUAGGCUCUAAUGUUAUUACUGUCAAACCUUCUGCUGUUGUAAUAACAGCGGUUGUGUCUGCCUGGUCAUUUCUUUUGACAACUAUGGAUAGAUGGAGUCUCAGUCCCAAACUUUGGCUAGAAUCCAUCACAUAUUUGUCUAGUUUGCUAGAUAAGGAUGACCGAUCUGUUCGCAUUGCUGCUGGGGAAGCACUGGAAGUAAUUUUUGAGAUGGGAAGCUUAGAGAAGUUUGCUACUGAAGCUGAAGGUUCAAAUAAUGGCUCAGUUUCUGAAGGGAAUAAAUCUAAAGAAGGAUUAUUACAUAUACAAGGAUUGAGGGCAAAAAUUCUGAAUCAAGUCAGAGACCUCUCUGUGGAAGCUGGUGGUAAAGGUUCUGCAAAGAAAGAUCUUAAUUACCAAAGGAGUUUGUUUAAGGAUGUUUUGGAGUUCCUUGAGGAUGGUUAUUGUCCCGAGACAUCAAUGAAGAUCGGCGGGGAGUCACUUCAGACAUCAACAUGGUCUCAGUUGAUUCAGUUGAACUUUUUUAGGCGCUUUCUUGGUGGAGGUUUCACUAAACACAUGCAGGAAAACGAGUUCCUUCAAGAUGUUUUUGGCUUCACGCCAAAAAGGAAUCUUGUAGGCGGCGAACAUGUAUCCAACAAUUUAAAGAGAAUGUACAAAUCACCAAAUUCAGUCAUCAACAAAGCAAGAACCCAGCACUUGAACAAGCAGCGGAUGCUAUCCGAGCGUAAAAACAUUGGGCACUUUGCUGUCAAUGUUGGUGAUGAAGAUUCAUAAACUUCUACGGGACAGAAACCGGGCAUGUGGUGCUGGAUUAGCGUGUCAUUUGUUAUUAAGUUUUGGGUAAUGUUGGCGAUGGCUCUACAUACAGAUAAAAUUGUAAUUGUGGCAAUGAAUAACAACAAGCGGCCAUUUCAGAUUAGUGUCCAUCAUUCCUGUAAUGAACCAAUGAUGUGUCUCUCAAGCUAUAUUAUAAUAUUACUUAUAUUCAGUAUGUAUCAUUACUGAUAUUCAAAUAUGAGCAUUCAUCUUUGUAUGAAAGAAUAUGUUCGUGUAGGAUAAAUAUAUGGUGUCCAAACAUUUUAUUGUUGAGAA